CAGCGGGUCCAGCCGCGGGUCCAGCAGCAGGACAUGGCCGGUGCAGCCGUGGUCACUGUUCGCCUGGUCAGGUCCUUCGAGCACAGAAACUUUAAACCAGUGGUGUUUCACGGGGUCGACGUUGACCAAAAGGUACAUGACUUCAUUCAGCUCGUCAGGGACGAUAUUGCAACAAGACCAGGGCUUCCUCCUCCUUUCAAGAAAUAUGCUUAUGACACAAUGAAGAUUAUCCACCAAGCACACGGAGCAAAGACUAAUGAGUUGGUGAUGAGUUUAGAUGAUGAUGAAAAGUUAAUUCUGCAAGAUGGCCAAACCCUUAGAGCUGCUGGUGUUGCAAAUGAAACAGAAGUGGCCUUUUUCCGGAAAGAAGACUACGGUCUCUACAAAGCUAAUCCCAAAACUGCUUGGUGACCACAGUAUUUUAUUUUGCAGCAGAGCGGGUGAAGCAUGCCAGGAACAAAAGGAAAACAGAAUGGUGUCAUUAUGUUUAUACUGAAGAGUUUUAAAUUGUGUUUUGUUUUUGUUUUUUAAACUAAAGCUUAUGAUCCACCACACUGGUAUGCUUUUUCAGUUCUGUUUUUCAUUCUUCCUUUUUUGGAUAUUUGUUUUCAAUAUUGUUUUAAAAUAUGGUGAAUAAAGUUUUUUUUUGACAGCUGAA